AUGGGAAAAUCAACUAUCCUAGAGUGCUUGGUGAGAUUUUGUGAUGCAGUAGAAAAUAUCUACAAGAAGGAGUACCUUCGCAAACCUACGGCGAGGGACCUCCGAAGGAUUGUACAAAAAGUUGAGGCUCGAGGUUUUCCAGGAAUGAUUGGAAGCAUCGAUUGCAUGCACUGGCAAGUUGCUGGUUCUCAGAAUGACCUCAAUGUGCUUGGUCAAUCCCCGGUGUUCAACGAUGUAUUGCGAGGUCAUUCCCCCCAGAUCACGUACCGAAUCAACAAUACCAUAUACUCGGGUGCGUACUAUUUCGCUGACGGAAUUUAUCCUAGGUGGACGACAUUCGUGAAAACAAUUUUGAAUCCCCAAUCCAAGAGGGAAAAAAGCUUUGAUGCCUUUCAAGAAGGUUAUAGGAAAGACGUGGAAAGGUGUUUCGGUAUCUUGCAAGCUCGUUGGGCAAUUAUUAGGGGUGCUGCUUGGAUGCUUGAUGAGGAGGUGCUGCGGAGCAUUAUGAUGACUUACAUCAUCCUCCGUAACAUGAUUGUGGAGGAUGAGUAUGAUUAUGAUGCUCUAGAGGUGUUCGAACCUGAUCCCAUGAACACGGCGUUGACAAGAAUUUAUGAAAGGCCCAUGGGACCAAAUGGAAAACCAAUGGAGCACGAACCGUUAAUUCAUGAUGGUCAUUAUCAUGAAAUGCAAUCUUCAUAUGUUCACGAGAGAUGUCAAGUUGACUUGAUCGAGCACUUGUGGGAGAUAAAAGGCAAUCACAGUGGAUGA